GCCACCUUCAAUCCUAAUCAUACUCGCAACCAUUUUGUUCUCAAUUUCAUGUGCGAAUUCAAAGCAAGUUAAUUUACACAUGUUUUUCCGAUGCCUUACAAAUAAUUCUUCACCAUUCCACCCAGUCUCCCAGGCCAUCCACACCCCCAACAAUGCAUCUUUUCUCUCAAUUUUGAACUCUUAUAUAAAAAACCGCCGGUUUUUGACAUCUGCAACCCCAAAACCGCUCGCUAUUAUAGCUGCCAAACACAUUUCUCACAUCCAAGCAACUGUUAUUUGUGCACAGCGUUAUGAAUUGGAGAUUAGGAUUCGAAGCGGUGGCCAUGACGAUGAGGGUCUUUCAUACGUAUCAAAUAAUCCAUUUCUAGUCCUUGACAUGUUCAAUUUUCGUGGUCUAUACAUUGAUAUAGCAUCUGAGACUGCAUGGGUUCAGGCCGGUGCUACUCUUGGUGAGCUCUAUUACAAAAUCGCCGAGAAAAGUAAAGUCCAUGCUUUCCCUGCUGGCGUCUGUCCAAGCCUAGGCACAGGUGGACAUUUUUCUGGAGGUGGAUAUGGGACCUUGAUGCGAAAGUAUGGCCUCUCUGUGGAUAAUAUAAUCGACGCGCAGAUAGUCAAUGUCAAUGGAUCGAUCCUCGAUAGAAGAUCCAUGGGAGAGGAUGUUUUUUGGGCCAUUAGAGGAGGUGGUGGAGCAAGCUUUGGAGUCAUUCUUUCGUGGACGAUAAAGUUGGUACGUGUUCCGUCCAUAGUGACAGUGUUCAACGUUAAAAGGACAUUGGAACAGAAUGCAACAGAUAUUGUUUAUCGCUGGCAGCAGGUUGCAGAUAAACUACCAAAAGACCUCUUCAUAAGGGCAAUGCCACAAGCAGUGAAUGGAAGUCAGGAAGGCAAGAAGACGGUGCAAGUUUCUUUCAUUGGACACUUUCUGGGAAAAUCUGAAAGCCUUAUCCCUUUGAUGAAUGUGAGGUUUCCUGAACUAGGAUUGCAGCAAGGUGACUGCAGUGAAAUGACAUGGAUUGAAUCAACCCUUUUCUGGGCAGAUUUCCCCAUCGGAACUCCCACGAAUGCUUUACUCUGGCCAUCCAAGGCAGAUUUCUUCUUCAAAAGCAAGUCUGAUUAUGUGAAGGAACCAAUUCCAAAGACUGGUUUAGAAUCCAUAUGGAAGUUAUUGAUUGAAAUAGGGGAAAAGGGAUGGAUGCAAUGGAAUCCUUAUGGAGGAAGAAUGAGUGAGAUUUCAGAAUCAGAGACUCCAUUCCCGCAUAGGGCUGGAAAUAUAUUCAAGAUACAACAUUUCGUGCUGUGGGUGGAAGAAGGAACAGAGACCACGAACCAUUAUCUAAAAUUUUCAAGAACCCUGUACAAGGCGAUGACACCGUACGUAUCAAAGUCCCCAAGGGAGGCUUUUCUCAACUACAGAGAUCUUGAUAUCGGUAUUGCCAGUUCAAGUAAUAAUCGUACAAUACUUUUGAACAAUGCACGAGUGUAUGGGAGUAAGUAUUUCAAGGGCAAUCUGGACAGGUUGACGCGUGCGAAGGCAAGCAUUGAUCCCUACAAUUUCUUCAAAAAUGAACAAAGCAUUCCGCCUAGCCCUUCCAAUCCUGCCUCCAGCCUUUAAGCGAUUUCCAGUCCACGGACAUGAACUUGUUAAACCAAAUGAGCAAAGUUGUACAAACACUAAAUUUUGUAGGCUGGCUUAUUUUUAGAGUUAUAUGAAAUAAAUAACAUUUCCCUUUACAUGA